UUCAUCUCAUCCUAUUUCAAUUUUGAUGAUAACUCCAGAUUGAAAUUGAGGGCCAUCGAAGAAGCAGAGGUCUGAGAUUAGUGGUAUGGCGGCUGCUACUGCUACCGCUACCGCUCAUUUCUUGUUCAAGGGCACUGCUCCCUUCCUCCUCUCUACCCGCCGCCGCCUCCUCCUCCUAUACCAUCGUCCCAACACCGCUUCCCUCCCCCGACGCACACUAAUCAAGAGUUACCAUUGCACCAUUUCUGGUCCCUCACAUGCCAUUUUAUGCAAUAGUAUAUCAACACCAUUGAGAAGAAGAGAAAGAGCGCACUUAUUGUGUUACUGCACGGAGACGGCUGCACAGGAUAAUAACGUCGCAGCAGCACCAUCAACAACAGUGGACGUGGAUGUGGAUGUGGAUGACAAUAGCAUACGAGAGGCUGCCAACACCCUUGAUAUAAGGGUGGGGAGAAUCCUCAAGGCUUGGAGACAUGAGGAAGCCGAUUCCCUUUACGUCGAGGAGGUGGAUGUAGGUGAGCCCGAGCCCAGAACUAUAUGCAGCGGCCUUGUCAAAUACAUUCCCCUUCACCUUAUCCAGGACAGGAAUGUAAUUGUUCUGGCUAAUCUGAAGCCUAGAAAUAUGCGUGGCGUGAAAUCAUUUGGAAUGUUGAUGGCGGCUUCUGAUGCAGCACAUGAGAAUGUGGAACUUCUUGUGCCACCUGAUGGUGCAGUCCCUGGUGAAAGAGUAUGGUUUGGUUCUAUUGAUGAAAAAGAGAACCUACCUGAUGUUGCAUCACCAAACCAGGUUCAGAAGAAAAAGAUAUGGGAAUUAGUCCAACCUCAGCUAAAGACAGAUGAGUUGGGUGUUGCUAAACUUGGCAUUCACGACAUGCGAACAUCAGGUGGUGUUGUAAUAUGCGAAUCUCUGAAGAAUGCCAACAUAUCAUGAUGAAAGUUCCAAAGGGUCCUUUUGUCCCAAUUUUCCGGAAGAGAAGCAUGUCAGUUUUUAUACUGCACAAGUUUGUGUGGUGCAUAUAUGCUAGUUCUAAGUGGGGGAUGAAAAAGCUGAUACUGGUUUGUGUUAUGUAUGAUGGACGUGCGACUCAAAUUGAUAUGAGCCUGCUGGAUGUAGAGGAUGGGGCGUUUUAUAAGAAUUGUGUUGUGGAACAUGCUAUUUUCUAAUUUCUCCUCAGAUUCGGAGUAUCAAUUAAUUUGAUUACCGCAACUUCUGUGAA